AUGGGCCGGCAGCAGCUUACAGAAGCAAUUGUGACUCCAGCCAUGAUUUCCUCCGUGCACUUGCUGCGCCUGCUGCUUCUUCUUCUCCUGGCUCCCGUCACGCUCACGUUCGAGUUCGACACCGGUAUUUCCUUCCAGGCCCGGUACGAGGCCUACAAAGCACAGCACGCACCGCCACCCAACUCCCUCCCCGUCACCCGCAGACCUCGCAGUCCCCUCGUCACUCUCCCGGGCACGUCCGAGUCCGAGUACCACGUCGUCGUCGGGUACGGCACUCCGGCGCAGAACCUCACAGUGGGGUUCGACGCCGGGGCGGGCGGAGCCACGCUCCUCCAUUGCAAGCCAGGCGCCUUCGACCCGUCCCGCUCCUCCUCCGUUGCCUAUGUCCCGUGCGGCUCGCCGGACUGCCCGCUGGAAGCCUGCUCCGGACGGGGCUGCGCCAGCACCACCGUGGCCAAGAACGGCGCUGUGAUAUCGAGUGUCACCGUCGUGACAGACACCCUCACGUUCUCGCCGUCCACGCCGACCACCGUGGAUAACUUCAGGGCCAACUGCAUGGAGAUGGGCGGCAGAACGGCUGACCGCUCAUCCGGCCUUCUCGAUGUCGGCCGGGACAGCCACUCACUGCCGUCCCGAGCCCCUUCGUCUCCGGACACGGCGGCCUUCUCCUACUGCCUGCCGACUUUUAGGGCCGACCGGGGCUUCCUCUCCAUCGGCGCACCCCUGCCAGGCCCAGGACGCAAGGUGAGCUACACCCCGCUACGGAGCAACGCGGCCCUUCCCAACUCGUACUUCGUCCGGCUCGCGGGGUUAAGCCUAGGCACCGGUAGGCCGGUCAUCCCGGUCCCCGCCGGCGACGCGCUCAUGGCGCUGCGCACCACCUUCACCUACCUGAUGCCGGAGACCUACGCGGCCCUCCGCGACCAGUUCAAGGAGCAGAUGGCGCAGUAUCCGGUGGCGCCGCCGAUGGGUUUCCUCGAAACGUGCUACAACUUCACCGGCCUGAGGAAGAUCGACGUGCCGCCCGUGACGCUCACGUUCGAUAGCGGCGCGAGCCUGGAGCUCGGCAUCCGGCAGAUGAUGUACUUCGAGGACCGCGACUACGUCUUCUCGGCAGGGUGCCUCGCGUUUGCCGCACCGGCAUGGGCUGUCUACCCGGCCGGGGUCGCGGCGGUCAUCGGCACCUUGGCACAGGAGACGACGGAGGUGGUGUACGACGUUCAUGCGGACAUGGUUGGGUUCGUCCCCGACCGCUGCGAACAAUAG